CUAUUGGUUCAACCGGUAACCAGAUUUCGGGUUUUAUUGAGUUUUUAAAUUUUGGUUUUUUUAAUAAAAUCCGAACUGAUUUUUUUUUCGGAUUUACCGGCUCAACCGCGGUUUACUGGCUCAACCACGGGUCCGAGUCGGGUUUCAAAACAGUGCACGAAACUAUAUCACAUUUACCACGAGAAGCUAAUAAGAAUAUAAUUCAUUGGGAAGAGUAUACUUAUCCGAGUAAUUAAAAAAGACGAUUCGACCCGUCUGGGCAUUUACGAGGCACACAUGUAGCAACACUAUAUGGGCUUUGACUUUAUUAAUCUAAUAAAGUUGAAGGCCCAAUAAAUAGAUCCGACCCGACCCAACACACAUGUAAACCUUCCCGUUUCGAAAAUCGCAGUCUCUUUAAAACCUUUGAUAGUCGCCGUUUUACUUCUUCGUCUGCUUCACCGCCGCUCCUCUGACCGAUUGCAUUUUAUGCUAGAUUGAGAAAUUCGAUUUAGGGUUUUGACUCAAAGGAUAUGGCUGCUUCACUCUCAAGAAGAGUUCUUCGUACUUUUGGAUCUUUCACAGCUUUAGGACGCAGCAGCUACACGACGAAUGCAUCUGGAAAUGGUUUAAGCUCUCUUCCUAGUCAUCAUCUCAAGUGUGGAAUGGGUUUGCUUUCGAACCGAAAGCUCUCCACUUCUAUUUUGACUCCUGAUGAUUCAUUUCCUCAUGAUUUACUGUCCCAAAACACCGUCAUUACUCCAGACCGAAACAUAGGACAAUAUCAAGACUUGGUCAUUCCGGUGACAAACUUUCAGAACGAAGACAAGGGUUUCAUGGUUUUAGCUGGUGAUGUCUUUGAUGUUCCUGUCAGGAAAGAUAUCAUUCACCACGUCGUCAGAUGGCAGCUUGCCAAACGCCAGCAGGGAACUCACUCGACCAAAACCAUAAGUGAGGUUAGCGGAACUGGUCGAAAGCCAUGGAACCAGAAAGGUACUGGUAGAGCUAGACAUGGUACACUCCGUGGCCCGCAGUUCCGAGGUGGUUGUGUGAUGCAUGGGCCCAAACCAAGAAGCCAUGCGAUAAAGAUGAAUAAGCAGGUUCGAAGACUUGGUCUGAAGAUAGCACUCACAGCUAGAGCCGCAGAAGGAAAACUCCUCGUGUUUGAUGAUUUGGCAUUGCCAACGCACAAAACAAAGAACAUUGUGAACUAUUACAAUCAAAUGGAGAACACAAAGAAAGUCCUCGUUGUAGAAGGCGGUCCUAUCGAUGAGAAGCUGAAGCUAGCCACCCAGAAUCUUCACUAUGUCAACAUACUUCCAUCAAUAGGGCUUAACGUUUACAGCAUUUUGCUCCACGACACGCUUGUGAUGUCCCGUGAUGCUGUGAAUAAGAUCGUUGAGCGUAUGCAUACUCCCAUUAACCGUUAAAGAGACAACUAUGUCUUCAAAUAAGAAACUAGAUCAUAAAGGAGACGGUUCCAAGAAGUUCCGCAUGUAGUUUCUGUACCGGCAAUUCAUAUCGGUUAUUAUGUAUCGGUAUUUUGGUCCAUGCCUUGACCGGUUCGUUAUUUGUUAGCUUUUCGGUUUGGUCUUGCAAUCUUGAAUGCCGAAAGAUUUGAGUUAUACUAUUUCUGUUUCUAGACAUUCUAUUUAAUUUUUGUUGACCGUUUUAAA